AUGCAAUUAGUAAAAAGAUAUGCUUCGAUCAAUUUCCAGAUCAAUAAAGCAUUUUACAAUGGUGCACAACUCAAGAAACCGUUAAGUGCUCCUUAUGAAUUGCUUAUUCCGGCAAAUGUACCUGCGCUUGGCUUUACAACGUUUUUUCUAUCUAAUCAGACGGCCACAAAAAUGGUCGAAUAUGCGAGGCACCGCUCUGUACAAAAAGCAAGCAAAAAAGAAUCUAAGAAAAUCAAUACAACCUACAUCGAGCUCACAUUCGAUAACACUGGACAGUUGAUGUCAUUAAAGGAUCGGAAAACCGGGAAAACCAUUGCAUUCAAGCAAGAAUUUCUUGUUUAUAGAGGAAUGGGUUUCUCAAACUAUAGGAAUCAAUCAUCGGGAGCUUAUGUUUUCCGACCGAACGGUACUCAGGCGGAACAGAUAUCAAAUAUUACGACGGUGCAGUAUAUUGAGGGUUCAUUGAUAAAUGAGACAAGGCAGAUCAUUGCUCCAUGGGUCAGUCAAGUGAUUCGCUUAUAUCGUGGCAAGAAUUUAGUGGAAUUUGAAUGGACUAUUGGGCCGAUACCAAAAGAGCUCGAAAAUCCAGUAACAAAAGAAAUAAUUACACGAUACACAACGGACAUAAAUUCGGCAGGAGUAUUUUAUACCGAUUCAAACGGAAGGCAAAUAAUGAAAAGAACCAGAAACCGUUAUCCAUCAUUCUCAUACAUCAACACCGAACCGAUAGCAGGGAACUACUAUCCUGUAAAUAGUCGUAUUUAUAUUCGAGAUUCGUUAAAUCAGUUAACCGUACUUACGGAUCGCUCUCAUGGUGGUACCAGCUUGAAUGAUGGACAAAUUGAAUUAAUGCUUCAUCGUAGAUUAUUUUAUGAUGACAAUUUCGGUGUCGGUGAGGCACUGAAUGAAUUAGGUGAUACUGGACAAGGGUUGGUUGUUCGAGGACGACACUGGAUCAUAAUGGAAAGUCCCGGACAAUCGGCAAAACUCCACAGACCACUUGCUCUUGAAUUUUAUAAUUCGCCGUUAAUGACGUUCGCGGAGCGCAAAAUGGCACCGUGGGAUUAUGGUCGAGCAUUUAUUACUAAGUAUUCUGCUCUGAAUCGGCCGCUUCCACUGCCUAUCAAUGUUCUGACCAUGGAAAUGUUGGCUCCAAAACGUAUCAUCAUUCGUCUCGAGCAUAUUUUCCAAGGUGAUGAGGAUAAAAAUUUAGCGCAACCCAUCGAAGUUGACCUGAAUAAUUGUCGGUCAAUUUACUGCCCAUGGAAAUUCUGACGUUCGAAAUUGAAAUACAACCUGUCGAGAAGUCGCAGUUCCAUUCUGAAUAAAAAGGAAAAGGAAAAAAUCAAACUGUCCGAG